AUGCCUCAAAAUCAUGAAGAUAUUCCUAAAUGUUACUAUACACUUGGUCAUUUAACAUUUCUCAAAAUUAAUUAUGAUGUAAGUCUUAAUUGGUUUCAAAAAUUAUUAAAUAUCUUAAAAUCUGAUAAUCCAAUUUUAGCUGAUACGUAUUAUUCCAUCGGUUGUAUUUAUCAGAAUAUGUAUUAUUAUAAUGAAGCAUUACAAUAUUAUCAUCAAGCAUUAGUUAUUUGGAAAGAAACUCAUGAUAAUAAUGAACCUCUUCAAAUGGCAGCAUGUUUAAAUAAUAUGGGUUGUAUUUAUGAAAUAGAAAAAUUCUAUUCAAAAGCAUUAGCAUGUCAUCAACAAGCUUUAUCUAUACGUGAUAAAUUUCAAACUGAUUUAGGUUCAUCAUAUAAUAAUAUUGGUAAUAUUUAUUUAUGCCUCGGUGAAUAUAAUACUGCAAUAGAAAAUUAUGAUUAUGCAUAUAACAUUAAAAGUCAAUCUCAUUCAUCACAAGAUCCAUCUUUAGCAACAACAUUAAAAAAUAUGGCUCUUGCAUAUGAAGAAGAUGGAAAUUUUAUUGAAGCUUUACAAUAUUAUAAAAAAGCAGCACUUGCAUUUGCAAGCAUAUUUUCAACAACACACACCUAUUAUCUUGAAAUUCAAGAAGAUAUUCAACGUAUUGCAUCAUUAAUGGAAUCUAAAACAAUAAAAUAA